AUGAAUGCAACCACCUACAAGAAUUGCAGUAACGAAAAGGUAACGGCAUCGAUCCAACCAGGCGCGAGGUGGGGAUCAGUCUGCAAGGAGUUUGAGAAAUAUGGCCAAUAUGUCAUCGGAGGACGCGAGGGUAACGUUGGUGUCGGUGGUCUGACUCUCGGCGGCGGCGCGUCGUUCCACACUGGGACCAGAGGAUUUGCCUGCGACGAUGUCAAGAACUACGAGAACCCCAAUCUAUUCAAGGCUCUGAAGGGCGGCAGCAGCAACUUCGGGAUCGUGACUCCUUUCGACAUGCAAACCUUACCGGCGGCGCCAGGAGGUCUCUACGGGGGCCUGUUGUUCAUGAGUUACGACCAGAAGCAAGCUGUCAUGGAACAAUUUGUUCGGCUCGUUGAAAUCAACGAGGACCAUCCGGAAGAUACUGAGGUUGUCACUUUUACCUAUUCUGGGGAGGGGCCGCCCAUGAUUGCAAUCAACGCCAUCAACACGGCUGGCAUCGCCAACUCAACCUCAUUCGCUCCUCUUGCAGGCCUUCCUGCAAUCAUCGACGACAGGAAGAGAAAACCUUACGGAACUCUCAUCACAGACUAUGCCACGGCAGGAGGCAAGAGGAACGUGUGGUUCUCUCUUUGCUUCCAUAAUGAUAUCGACAUCAUGACAAAGAUGCCGGAGCUCUACGAUGAGUUUCUUGUACAGCUCCAAGCUCUGAUCCCCUCGCCGGAUCUCGGUCUUUCCGUCGUCAGCCAGCCCCUACCCAAGCACUUUGCGACAAAGGGCAGCGGCAACAACGUCUUGGGUCUUGACACAUCCUUGACACACAACUCAAUUGUCUGGCUGGUUCAAGCCCAGAAUCGCACAGGAGAGCAAGAGGCAUUGGCCCAUGCCAAGCUAGCCGCCAUGACCGCGAAGCUCGAGGCUUACGCCGAAGCCAAUGGGAAGGCGACGGCCUGGCGGUACCUCAACUACGUGAACCCUGCCCAAGACCCUAUCAGCACCUAUGGCGAGGAGAAUGUCAGAUUCCUGGAGGAAGUGGCUGCCAAGUACGAUCCAACUGGUGUUUUCCAAACGAGGAUUCCUGGAGGUUUCAAGAUAUCCAAGGUGGUGCUGUGA